GAGGGGGAAUCUGGCUUUCUUGCUUCGGUAAUGGAAUCUUCAGAUGGACUUUAUGCUGCGGCAGCUAGUCUGGGAAUUGAUUUACAACUCUUUUGCUCCUUUUCACCUGAGUUGACUGAUGAGAUCAUAUUGAAAUCUAUUGCUAAGGAAACUAGGAUUAUUAGGGGUCUUUAUACUAAACUUCCUGAAUCAGAGACACUGGCAGAAUCUUUCCUGACCAAAUUUCCUUCUGUCAAUCCACUAUCAGCUCACGCAAUACUGUCUUCUGAAGGGAUGCUCAGUGACUUUUUUGAAUUAUCUCAUGAAUGCAGAGUCACCACAGUCCAAAAAUAUCAAGUUCCUGACGAAAGUGUUUCUCUUUUUAGUGCUUUAUGCCAAUUUGGGGAACGUGAGGAUUCUCGGUCUAUAAUGACAGACUGCUCUUCUUCAGUGUCAUCAGGCCCUGACUCUAAACACUGCCAUAGUAAGGUGGAUUCUGGAGGGAAAAGAUGUAAGUACGAGAAGCACCCUGACAAAGGUGAUGUACCUGUGGACAACCUGCUGCAUUUUCAGCCUUCAAAACUAUGUAACAGCAGCUCCUCAAAAUUUCCUGGGUUUACAAAUAUAUAUGAUUCGACAAUACUCAAAGAUCUGGAGAUACACAACAAGUUUAAAGAGCCCAAUUCACGUGUUGAUCAUUUCCUAGGUCAAAAAAGAGGGAUGGAUGAGUCAACUACCACAUAUCCUCCUAGAGUCGGCAAUCGAUUUGAUUCUGGGAUCAAGAAAGGUGUUUUCUCCUCUAAUGUGACUGAGCACCAAAGCCUAGCUCCUGAUGAUGAUUUCCUUUAUUGGUACACAGGAGCACACCUAGCUACAACGGACACCUUCGAUUGGAAGGACAUCAAGAACUCUGAUAUUGUUCAUGAGGACACUAAAGGUGAAGCUAUCAACCUUACCCAUCCAUCAAUUGCUAAUCCUUUGGAGUUUUCAUUUUCAUUGCCAGAUCUGGAAAACAAUGCCAGAGGUGGAUCCAAUCAUGCAAGUAGAUUUUCCUUCGAUCGACACAAUUAUCCGACUUUCCCAACAGUUGCUGAGAGCGAUUCUACUUCAUUCAUUCAUAGCCCUGGGAAUCACCAAAGGCAAAGUUUACAGGAAGAAACUGAUUGCUUUUUAUCUACGGAGCUAGUAAAUGACAAAAUGCCUACCGACAAUCAGGACAAACUCUUUAAGGGGUUUUUGGAUGGGAGAUCCAUGGAGAACUUACAUGGUAUACCAGCACAGGAGAACAGGGCAAGGUAUAAUGGAACACCACUUAGAAAUGCCAUUCACAUGCCCCACUUGCAAAAAGGUUCACCCUGGACAAUUGAGUUUCUGAACAGAAUCCGGGAAAAGAGCAAGUUGUGGCAGCAAUCCCUUCCAUCCAGUGCAUCUCCUUGUUAUGGCAAUACACGGACCAAAUCAAAUACAACAAAGAGAAGAAGUCCAUCAAUUCUUGAAUUCUUUAAGUAUCAAGGAGGUAGCACUGUCAGAAAAACACCUGAAGAGAAGAGGCAGAAGAGAUCCACACAAUCAUUUGGUUCGUUCAAGAAUGGAAAAGUGGCAGCAUCUCUGGUUCCUUCAUGGACUCCUGUGGAUAAAAGAGCAAGACGGAAACUUUCCUUUGUGACAAAUGAUGCUGAGAGCCAGACUAAGCUGGUUUGGGGUGAUAAAGCCAGAGAAAUUCACGACCACUGAACAAUGUGCUUCUUGAGCUGAUCAAAGGAUAGAGAGUCAGGAACUGAAGAACCAAGAAAAAUUUAUGGGAUUUUCCAGGCGAUUUUUCAUCAAGAAAUUGUAUACUUAUAGGUGAGUUUCCAUUAGGAUUUAUUUCCUCUAUUAAGUCAGACUAGGCUUAUGGCCGAAAAAAUGUCAGACUAGGCUGGCAACUUCAGCUGCACAGAUCAAACAUUAACAAAUUUUCUCUUUUAUUAGUCAGGCAAAUUCCUCUAGCAUUUUGAAUACAACUAUCUAAGGAAAUUAAAGUCAUCACUGAUGUAUAUAGUUUCUUGUAUUGUUAUUCAGUCGCUAAUUCUGACAGUCAAGUAGCUGCACUGUGAAUU